AUCGAACAGCUGAGACUUAGAGGAAACGAAGGGAAUUCUUGCUUUUCUUCCUACUGGGAUAUAAUUUUUUUUUUACUACUUUUUUUCCCCAUAAUUUGUAGGCGUUGGAGGGGGAAAUUAAGGGUAGAAAUGUCUAGUCUUUUAACGAAAGCGAGAAUAACCCACUGGAUUAGACAGACCGAUGGAUUUUUUCGCAUUUUACCGACAUGUAGUAACUUAAACAUCAGAGGCUUUGCAUAUUCGUCCACCUUUUCCCCCAAUGAAGGUCGUCGGGCAAGUAAACCGUGCAGUCUUCUAUGGCAGAGGGGUUGUGUGCAAGAGCCGAGGGCAUUAUUCCACUCAAGUAUCAGAACUAUGACGAAGUUUGGGCCGUCGAAGGCAGGGCAGGGGGACCCUAGGCGGCGUGAGGAUAAUUCUCCGCAGAUAAUGGUGGUCGACACAGAAGAAAAGGUGUCUGUGAUGACCCUAAGGCAGGCAGAGAGGCUAGCCAAGCGAAGGGACUUAAAGCUGGUCCAGGUGAUAGACUCUACCCUGAAGGGCAAAGUGGAGAAGCAAGUGUACAAACUGAUGACGGGGAAGCAGUACUUCGAGGAGGAAGUCCGAGGCAAGAAAGACAUCAAGACUGCGACUGGGGUGAAGGGGGAAAAGAUGUUAACCAUUUCCGGAAAGAUUGCCGAGCAUGACCUGAAGUCAAAACUCCAUAAUAUUGAAAAAUGGUUGAAAAAGGGUCAUCAGACAAAGGUCACGUUGUCUUCACAAGGAUGCACUCCUGAUGAUCUGGAGAAUAUUUACAAUACCAUUGAAGCAGACGUAGCGGGUUUUGGCGGCCGCAUUCUGCAGCGACGGGUGAAGGCCGGAAACAUAAAAUUCUUUAUUGCACCUGCCAAAGAAGCUAAGACAGAAAAAAGUGGCAAUUUAAAAGCAAGAAACGAGCAAUCUCCAAAGACAGAAGAGAGAAAUCAAGAUCUGAAUCCGGACGAUGAAGUAUCUGAUCUCGGAAGAAAAGCGGAGAGUUGAGGAAAGUUUAAAAAAAGUGGAUGACACCAAUAACAAAAUGCAGAUGAAUUUUGAGCUUGUGGAAGUAUUUCGUAAGAGGAAGAUCUCUUCAUGGGUUGGUGAUAUUCAACUGUUAACUUGCAAAUGCUGAAAAUCAUUCUUCAGCAUUUUAAUUGUAAGUUAGAAAAGACAUUUGGGAAUGAAACUAAGUACUGUGAAACAGUGUUUAUGUAAAUAGGAAAUAUUUUUAGAAAAAAUGUUGAUUUGAAUAAAGUUUUGUUAAUAUUCUAU